AUGGCUGCCAACGGAGACUCCAAUGGCCAUAGCACCGGCACUGGCACAGAGAAGAUCAAUCUCGACAUCAUUACUCUGACCAGGUUUCUGACGGAAGAGCAAGCAAAGCACAAGGAAGCCACUGGAGACUUUACACUACUAUGUCACGCCCUUCAAUUCUCGUUUAAAUCCAUCGCCUACUACAUCCGACGAGCUACCUUGAUCAACUUGACCGGUUUGGCUGGCUCCUCCAACACCACCGGUGACGAUCAGAAGAAACUCGAUGUUAUUGGAAAUGACCUGUUUGUCGCUGCCAUGCGAGGCUCCGGCCGCUGCAGAGCGGUCGUCUCGGAAGAGGAGGAUGAAAUUAUCUAUUUCGACGAGAGCCCUGAUGCCAGAUACAUUGUCGCCUGUGAUCCUAUUGACGGCUCCUCGAACUUGGAUGCUGGCGUCUCCGUCGGUACCAUUUUUGGUAUCAUGAAGCUCCCAGACAGUACUAUUGGGCGCAAACCCACUGUGGAGGACUUGUUAAUGCCUGGCACUGAACUGUUGGCUGCUGGUUUUACCAUGUAUGGUGCCUCAGCUCAAUUAGUCAUCACCAUGAAGGGCGGUACUGUCAACGGAUUUACCUUGGACAAUGCCCUCGGCGAAUUUAUUUUGACCCACCCCGAUAUGCGCAUCCCCAAGAAGCGCGCCAUUUACAGUGUCAAUGAAGGAAACUCACUAUACUGGACUGAGAAGACGAAAGCCUACUUCGAGUCUUUGAAAUAUCCUGCCGGCGAGGGUGCCAAGCCAUAUUCAGCUCGAUACAUCGGCUCCAUGGUUGCUGAUGCGUACCGGACAUUGCUCUACGGAGGUAUGUUUGCUUACCCUGCCGAUAAAAAGAGUCCGAAGGGCAAGCUCCGAAUCCUGUACGAGUGCGCUCCCAUGGCCAUGGUAAUGGAAAAUGCUGGCGGUAAAGCUGUCGACUCCAACAUGAAGCGAAUGCUCGAGGUCGUGCCGCAGAGUAUCCACGACAGGUCCGGAAUUUUUAUGGGAAGUCCCGAUGAAUUGGACAAAGUCUUCGAGGCUCACAAAUAA